CUAGCAGAUCUGUGACCUUUGACCCCUCCUUCUCCAUCACAUCUAUGGAUGUUCUGAGAGGGGGAGAACUUCAGCCAAUCUGGUCUGUGCACUCACUGAGCGCAUGCGAGUCCAUAGGUGCUUCAGGACCCUUCCUGACCCCUCCCCCCUGCUGAUGCAGCAAAAACAUCCCUGUGUGUUUUCACGAGGACAAAGGCCCCCGCACACAAACAAAUGUGUUUCCAGAACACCGUCCUGAAUAAAUCCGGCCGCCGAACGCCUCGGAGCGGUUUGCCACUGCAGUCAUGCCUCUUCCCCGACGCCGCUCAUCCGUUCUAGGACAGACGUCCACAGAGCGUCCGGCCCCCGGCUCUUGCGGGAGGAUGGGAGCUGCUGCCACGGCCGCCCCUCGAGGCGUCUUUGUGGGCUCUGCGCCUGCGGUGGGUGUGGCCUCUGGGUUGGGGACCCGGGUGUCCCGCAGAGCUCUGGGGAUCAGCAGCGUGUUCUUGCAGGGGAUGAGGAGCACCGCCGCCCCGGUGCUGCCGCGGAUGGGGCAGCGGGCCGGGGGACAGGGGGCCCUGAACACCUGCCUGAUGGAGUACCGGGACAAAGUGAGGGCCCUGGAGACGCUGAACCAGCAGCUGGAGCAGCAGAUCCGUCUCUGCCUGGACCGCAGGGCAUCUAGCGCCGGGGCCUGGGGGCCGCUCCGGAGGGAGUGGGAGGAGGUCUACAGACAGGUCAGUGAAGCCAUCCUGGACAACGCCCGGCUGAUGCUGCAAACUGAGAACGUCCAGGCCAGCGCCGAGGACUUCAGGGAGAGGUUUGAGAAUGAGCAGCCUUUACGGAGCGCGAUGGAGGAGGAGAUCAGCUCGCUGCACCGGGUGAUCCAGGAGGCCAGAGUGACCAAGGCUGAGCUGGAGGAGCAGAUGGAGAUGAUGAGGGCGGAGCUACGCACACUGGAGCAAAACCAUGAGCAGGACGUGCGCGCUCUCUACCACCAGAUGGCGGGACGAGAGGUGGACGAGCCGGACGCUCCCAUCGAAACCAGUCUGGACCAAAUCCUGGCGAACAUCAGGAGCCACUGGGAGAAGGUGACAGAGAAGAAUCGCGCCGAGGCCGACAACUACCAGGAGUGUAAGGAGGCGCCGUGCACGAGCAGCAGGCUGAGCCCGGAGGAGGAGCAGGUGGAGGCGCUGAAGGCCGAGUGCAGCGAGACCGGCUGCAAAAUCCAGAGUCUGCAGGCGGAGACUGAGUCCAUCAGAGCACUGAAACGAGGCCUGGAGAACUCGCUGACAGAUGCACGGCACUGGCACCAGCUGGAGCUGCAGAACCUGGGCUCUGUGGUUUCCAAGCUGGAGGCGGAGCUGGCUGACGUGCGAGGCGAGAUCGAGCAGCAGCGCCGCGACUACGACACGUUGCUAAGCAACAAACAGAAGCUGGAGCAGGAGAUUGGCCUGUACCACGGCAUCCUGGAUGGGGAGGAGAGCCGCUUCCAACCCACUGCCGCAGCACAGUGUACUGCUGUGAAUGCAGAGUGUGAGGGUGCAACUCCAGAAACUCCAGCACCUCCAGAACAGUGAAGACUUCAAGGAUCAGGACCGUCUGACAUCCUGCAGACACUGAAGCUCACCUGAAGGACUCAGCUGCUCAGGUGUGACGGAGGAGCUCACCAUCACUGUGAUGUAGAAGAGGUCUGCAGAUGGAGCCGGUCAGAACACCUGAACAUCCUCCCGGUUGUGCUGUGGAGCGUGUUUGCUGUUUGAUUAAAGUGAAUAAAGAGAAAGUAAUGCUG